AUGGGGAUCAACGGCAACGACGUAGGUGCGGGAGCCUCGCAACGACAUGGGCGUACUGUAGAAAUGGGUGGCCCGCCAAGGCCGGCAGCCGGAAAGGCAGCUUUGAGCCGGAAAUUGGCUUCGGGACUCGACACGGCGGCAAGAUGGAAGCUCGCCUCAGCGACGCUGGAGUUCCAAACGAUUGGAUCCGCAUGCGUGUCGAAACUAUGCAAGGGGUUCCUGACCAAGCCCCCACACUUGGGCCUCUCGACCCAACGAACGGGCGCCUUCGACUCGCAUGACGGUGGCAAUCUCGGCCCAUGCGAGCAGACACGUUGCCGGCCUCUCCUCUUGAAAGGCGAAGCCUCGCCUCCGAGCUCUUCCCUUGAGCCCUGCCUGGCACUCAGGACUCCUGACAUCACAUCUCCGAGCCAUCUCGCUCGCUUGGUCGGUCUGCCACAAGCGACCCCGAGCGAGGCGCUCGCAUUCGCGCUGGCUUCCACGCCUCGGCGAGGGCGUCCCGACCAUCUUGACGACCAUGAUGGACCGUUCUAG